AUGACAUCGUCGAACGCAUCAUACCUCACUGAAGCUGCUCUGCAUGAAUCGCAGCCCGCGUUGAAACCGAAAGAACGAUUGGGGGAGGAGAGUGACAACAACCACUCCGAGCUGGUAGCGCUGCACAGGGAUUGGCAGAAGACAUACCUGCCGCAGCAGCGUGAUGAAACUGGCCUAGACGCAGACCUACUCAUGUCCGCGGAACGAAGGGCUCUUGGUCAGCAGCCACCUCUAGGAUCUCUGGCUGAUAGAGCGGCUGUAGAAGCAUCCAAACACCCACGGGGAGGGUUCUUCCCUCCUGGGCCUGAGGAGCUAAGACAAGCUGCUUUAGAGGAUGCCGCUCGGGUUGCCGGGGGAGGGGCUGCGGUGGCUCCUGGAGGCAUCAACUUGAAUACGAUCACUGAGCCAGAAGCAGAACUGGUGCAGUCGCAAGAGGAGCAGAUCUUGGGAUACCAUCCGCCGAAAGGGUCUCUAGCGGCAGAGGCCCUUUCGGCCGUGGAUACACGAGCUAACGUACCUGUGAGCAAUGAGAUGGCAGCAGAGAUCAUGUGGCAGGAGAUGCGGCGGGACGACACACAACCCGCACCUAGAUCGAUUGCUAACUUAAACGAAGCUCAGAGGCUAGCAAAUCUAAACGAGAUAGACGGUGGAAAGAGAACUCUGGGAGACCUGGGUCUAUGA